UUCCGUCCCUCUGUCCUCCCCAGCCCUGUGCCGUUAUUCUUACUAGGAUUGACGUGGUUGUUUCAUGGCCAUGCUGUACACUCCCAUUGCUGCUGCAUGGCUGCUGGCGCUGGUCGGCACACAGCCAACGGGUGUUUUAGCUCAGGAUGCCGAGGCGUGGUACAAGAGUCAUCCAGGCAUGUCGCGUAUCAGCCAGGUGAACCAAGACACGCACCAGAUCGUCGAUGAAUUCGGCCGUACGCGGUUUUUCCACGGAACCAAUGUCGUUAUGAAGGAGCCACCAUGGCAUCGGCCGUUGGAGUGGGAGCCUGGUGUCUCGUCGUUUAGCGAGCAAGAUGUCCAGAAUCUGCACGACUUGGGUCUGAACAUUGUGCGGCUAGGCCACAGUUGGGCAGGUGCAGAGCCUGUGCGUGGGCAGUAUAACCAGACAUUUUUGGAUAUUAUGAAGAAGCAGACCAAGAUGGCCGAGGACCAUGGGCUUUAUGUUUUGGUGGACGUGCAUCAGGACUGCCUGGCGCGGCAAUUCUGUGGCAACGGCGCACCUGACUGGUUUGCGAAAAAGGAUUGGGUAUCAAGUGGCAAGAUGUAUCCGUUUCCUCUCAAGACGACGCCGUUCCCUGUCGAUGAAAACGGCUUCCCAUCGCCGGAGUCGCUCUGCAGCACUGUCGAUUGGUCUCUGAGCUACACGUCCGUGGCGCUGGGCAAUGCAUUUGGGCGGCUAUACAACAAUUACGACGGGUUGGGCGAUGCGUUCGCAGCGUACUGGAAAAAGCUAGCAUCCGAGUAUGUCAAGUCGACCAAUGUGGUCGGGUAUAACCUGCUGAACGAGCCAUGGGUGGGCGAUACGUGGGCCGAUCCGACACUGCUGGUGCCUGGUGUUGCUGACCACAAGGUCCUAGAAGGGCUCUGGAACCGCGCGACCAAGCAGAUUCGUACAGUCGAUAAUGACACGCUCAUCUGGUUUGAGGGCGCCACCCUGGAUAUCUUGUCGGGUUUCGAUAAUGUCCCUCUCGGGGAUGGAUCUAAAUCGGUGCAUUCGUUCCACUACUACAGCCCGCCGCAACUGGGCUCGAUUUCCACCACACUCAGUAACCGCCAUAAGGACAACGAGCGCCUUAGGACCGCCGGCGUGCUGACCGAGCUCACGUUCUGGAUGGGCGAUGAUAAGCAGAUGCAGGGCCUAGCAGAUGCCAUGUCGGCAACAGAUGCAAAUAUGGUUUCCUGGAUCGGCUGGGCGUACGAGAAUCUGUACAACGGCACAUCUGGUCAGCCUUAUCCUGAGCUAGCAAAACAUUACAGCCGUGCAUACCCUGCCGCUGUCGCUGGCACUCCCAAAAGCUUCAGCUUUUCUGAGAGCUCGGCAACCUUCAAGCUGCAGUUCACAUCUGAUCCCAAUAUCGGGGCGCCCACCGAAAUCAUCCUGCCCCCCUCCACAUUUCCCAACGGCUAUACCGUCCAGAUCUCUCCCGACGGCAGCUUGCUGCAGUACACAGUUGACAAGCGGACUCUAGCCUUGUUCACAUCCACCAGCAUCAAGAACGCCACUGACAUCUCUAUUACAGUCACUCGUAAAUAAUCUCGUCCAUAGGUUGCCUCCUAAAUUACUAAGUACUUCUGGUAAUUAAUGCAGAUCAAC